CCAUUAGCCAAUUCCUUCUUGGUCCCAGUCUUAGCCCUUCUUCUUCCCCCCCCUCUCUCUCCUCUUCUCUCUCCUCUUCUCUGAAUCAAUCAUAGACCCCUUUCUCAAGGCGGCUUUAUCCUUCAACAUCUUCUUCUUCUCAGAGCUCAGUCAUGGCGGAAAAAGGCAGUAGCAGUCCCUUACCAAAGUUCGGCGAAUGGGAUGUCAACGAUCCCGCAUCCGCCGAGGGAUUCACAGUCAUCUUCAAUAAAGCCAGGAACGAGAAAAAGACUGGUGGCUUACCUGACUCUCCUGCAAAGGAUGACCCUUCAUAUAAGCAUGGCGCUGUUCUUGGAAAGUCUCAGCCUAAAAAAUGGUUUUGCUGCUUGCAAGCUGCAGAAUCAUAAGCCUUACGGGCGCUUGAUAGCGGGGUUCAGCAUAAAAUGUAUAAUCUGCAAAUUCUCAAGACGUGACCUUGUCUGCAAGACUGAAGCUGUAUUUAGAGCCUGUGAUGGAAAAUGCUGGACUCCAUUUGUUAGAACUUGUCAAUAAUUUGGGGUUUGGGAAUGAGGAUAUGCUUAAAACAUCGUUGUCUUGUUUAUGUUGGUCUUCUGCUGCAUAAAUGACAAUUGUCGGAGAUUGUUGCUUAUCAUCAUCAUCCCUCCCCCUGUUCUCUAGUUGUGAAAUGAUGUUGUUUGUGACAGUUCCUUUCCUGAAUGAUUUCAAAUGUUUCUGUUCUUAUGUAA